AUGCCGCUCACGUUGCUCCUGCUUGCCUCCGCUCCCGCGUACGCCAGAUCGCCGCGCGCGGCGCUGCGGCCGUACCACCUGCUCGGGAACGGGACGCUCCACCACGGCUCGCCGCGGCCGCAGGACACGCGUGCCCACCGCGUGCCGCUCCUCGUGCUCAUCUUCAGCACCGAGGCCAACGGCGCACGGCGACAGGAGCAGCACCGCACAUGGCUCAACCACGACUGGCGGGACGCGGCCGGCGAGCCCGUGCCGUGGCGGUACGCCUACGUGAUCGGCCGGCGCGGCGGCGCCGCCGCCGCCACCGUUCCGCCCGACGAGCUGGUGGGCGACCGGCUGCACCUCGGGCGCGUGGAGGACACGUACCUCGGCCUGGUGCACAAGACACUCGAGGCGCUGCGGUGGGCGGCCGCCUCGGUCUCCUUCGAGGCCCUCCUCAAGACGGACGACGAUUCGAUCGCGCACGUCUCUCGGCUAUGGGCGUGGCUCGGCGCCGCCGCCGCGCGAGAGGCGUCCGAGGCGAGUGCCUGGCGGUGGGGUCGCCUCUACGCGGGCCGGCUGCAGGUUGACUCGCAGGUCGUCCGCUCGAACUUCACCGCCGCCGACCUGUGGCACCCCUCUUGGUACCCCCGCGACUUUCUCAAGUGGGCGGUGCCGGUCGCCUCGUUCGGGGCGGACCGGUUUCCGCCGCACUGCUCCGGCGGCGGGUACCUGCUCGGCCGCGACGCCGCCGCCUCCCUCCUCGCCGAGCGCGCGCGCUGGGUCGCCGACCCCUUCCCCGUCGAGGACGCCUUUCUGGGCGUCCUCGCGCAGCGGGCCGGGCUAGCGCCAACCAACUUGGGGCCGAACCUGCGCGGGAGGCAGAGCGAGGGCUGCGUCGCCGGCGUCGUCUGCGAGGAGACCGCGCGCCACGCGCUCUUCGAGGACCCGCCCGCCUCGAGCCCGCAGGGCCGCGCGCUCUUCGCAGGCCGCAUCUUGGUCCACCGCGUGAGCAGCUUCGAGCGGGCCUUUGCCUGGCUGCUGCUGGAGCCAAGGAGGAGAAGCCAGGGGCGGGCGCGAGGCGGAGGGUCGCAGCAGCGUGGCGGUGAGGCAGGCCACGUCGCAGCUAUGGGGAGGUAA